GCCUUACAAGCUUCGCGUUUCUUCCAGAAAAUUACGGAGAAAAGGAGAAGUCGGAGACAAUUAAAAAAAUGAAGACAGAGCAGCCAAAACAGAGAGAGAGAGAGUCGGAGAGAGGGGCAUGGCGUCUUCUUCACUGUGGCAGUGGUUGCUGUCCCCAAAGAAGAACUGGUUCGCCGCUCAGCACAAGAAAACCCUCGCUAGACGCCUCCGCCAGUAUGGCUUACGCUACGAUGAUUUGUAUGAUCCUAUGUACGAUCUGGACAUAAAGGAGGCACUGUCUCGCCUCCCUCGCGAGAUCGUCGACGCGCGCAACCAGCGCCUCAAGCGCGCCAUGGACCUCUCUCUGAAGCACAAAUACCUCCCCGAGGACUUACAGGCCAUGCAAACACCAUUCAGGAGCUAUCUUCAAGAAAUGUUGGCUCUUGUAAAGAGAGAGAGAGAAGAACGAGAAGCCUUGGGAGCUUUGCCCCUCCAUCAACGUACGAUUCCCUGAUCAUGUUCUAUCGUCAUUUGCUGCUAUGGCUGAUCAGAGAUGUUGUAGUUCUGGUAGGAGGGGUGAGUUAAUUUUAGUAUUUGCUUUCUUCGUUUUAAGGGAUAGAUGACGAAGGAAAUACAGCUGUUUUGUAUGUAAGUGCAGAUCUACUGUGUACAUUAGGAUGUUUGGCUGCAUGUACUAGUCAUUUCCCCCUCCAUGGGUCGUUCAUGUGUCGGUCCAAUUUCAUGGGGUCUUUUGAGGGAGCGAAUUGGGUGAAGUUUGAUAUCAAAAACUGUCCGGUUAGAAUGUUUAUAGUUCGUAAGAAAACUAGAACAAGAUUGAGUUAUGAUUUUGGAAAAACUACUAGGUUAGGUUGUAUAUUGAUCACUUUGCAUUGUAGACUCUGAUUUUAAGUAUAUGUGCGAGAUGGUUUUGCUUAAA